AUGGACAAAGUCUGUGCCGUAUUUGGAGGCUCCCGGGGCAUUGGCAGGGCGGUGGCUCAGUUACUGGCCCAGAAAGGCUACCGACUGGCGAUUAUUGCCAGGAAUAUGGAAGUGGCCAAAGCUGCCGCCGGGGAUCUCGGCGGUGAUCACAUGGCAUUUAGCUGUGAUGUGGCCAAAGAAGAAGAUGUUCAAAAUACUUUUGAAGAGAUGGAGAAGCAUUUAGGUCGAGUUAAUUUUUUGGUAAAUGCAGCUGGUAUUAACAGGGAUAGCCUUUUAGUAAGAACUAAAGCUGAAGAUAUGAUAUUGCAGCUUCAUACUAAUCUCUUGGGUUCCAUGCUGACAUGUAAAGCGGCUGUGAAGACUAUGAUUCAGCAACAGGGAGGGUCUAUUGUUAAUGUAGGAAGUAUUGUUGGUCUUAAAGGCAAUUCUGGCCAGUCUGUGUACAGUGCGAGUAAAGGAGGAUUAGUUGGAUUCUCUCGUGCUCUUGCGAAAGAGGUAGCAAGAAAAAAAAUUAGAGUGAAUGUAGUUGCACCAGGAUUUAUUCACACAGAUAUGACAAAAGAUUUGAAAGAAGAAAAUAUAAAGAAAAAUAUUCCUCUUGGGAGGUUUGGAGAACCGCUUGAUGUUGCACAUGCUGUGGUGUUUCUUUUAGAAUCACCUUAUAUUACAGGGCAUGUUUUAGUAGUGGAUGGGGGUUUACAACUCAUAAUAUAA